AUGGGCACAUGGACAGCCAACCUCUUCCAAAAUAUUCUGGAAUCGCGGCGGCAGAAGUAUGGGGAUGGGAAUGCAAAAACCCUUACGAGCAUGACCCACAUGGGUGGCAUCCUCGAGAAGCGAGGCCAGCUCAAUGAUGCUCUUGACCAUUAUGGUGAGGCGAUGCAUUAUCGUCGGGAGGUGUUGGGUGACAAGCACCCGAAGACUUUGCAAAGCAUUGGCAAGAUGGCUGCCAUGUGCAAACAGCAUGGGCAGCACUAUGAGGCGCAGAUCCUGGCACAAGAGGCUCUGUUCGGCUCCCGCAAGAUGUUCGGCGAGCAGGCGCCGGACACCCUGGAUGCGCUUAACAACCUCGGGGCUGUGUGGAAGGCACAAGGUGAGUUCAAAGAAGCCGAGAAAUGCUUCAGAGAUGCAUACAAGCGGCGUCAGGAGACCCUGGGGCCAAAGCAUCCGGACACCUUGACAAGCCUGAACAACUUGGCAUGCACGGUGGAUGAGCUGGGCCAUGCCAAGGAAGCUGGAAGGCUGUACCAGCAGUGUUUGGAAACUCGAAAGACCGUCCUUGGGCUAUCUCACCCCGACACGCUGACGAGCAUGAGCAACCUUGCCCUCUUCCUGCGUGCAAACGGGCAGAAGCUCGAGGCGGAGGCGCUUUUGGCGAAGGUGUUGGAUGGCCGUCGCAAGAUGUUUGGUGUCAAGCACCCCGACACCAUCGUCAGCAUGAACAACUGCGCGGCCAUCGCCUGCGAUGAUGUUCAGGAUUUUCGAGAUUGCAACGAUGCGCUCGAACUGAAGAGGUCCUUCGAGAAAGCCGACUCUCUGCUCAGAGAGGCAGUGGCUGCUUCUCGGAAGAAUCUGGGGAAGCGGCACCCGCUCGCGCUGAAGAGCAUGAACAAUCUCGCCGGCCUCCUACGUCACUUCGGUAAGCUCGAUGAAGCCGACAUGCUCUACGAGAAAGUGGUGGACGGCAUGCGCUCAUCUCAAGGCUUCGCUCACCUGGACACAUUGACCGCCAUCAACAACCACGCAGGGGUGCUGAGACAAAAGGGUGAGGCAGCUAAGGCUGAAGGGCUCUACAAGGAGGCGGCUGAAGGAAUCGUGAAGAGGCUUGGGGACACACACCCAGUGAGCCUUUCCACUCUGUACAACUGGGCCUUGACGUUGGACGAGCUAGGCGACUUCGAAAGCGCCAUCCCGCUGUAUCUGCACCACUUGGAUCACGGGCUGUACUCUCCGGAGCAUCGAGUUGCCACUGCCCGCGAGCUCAGUGAGCGGAUGCGAAAGGCUGGAAAGCUGGACCAGGCUCGUGAUCUCCGACGCCGCAUGAAUAUCCGGUAG